AGUGAUAGCAUGGUUGUGCAUUGAUACGAUGGACAUGUCCAUACACAUAAGAAAACCAAUUAGGGACAGCGUAUUGUUAGGACUCGAAUGGGUAAGGUAGGUUCUUUAUGGACAUUCGGAUAGAGUAUAUGAAGCUUUUAGAAUAGAGAAAUAUGUCUUUCUCAACCUUUGUGGUUCGAUGAUGAAAGAGGUUUGUUGGAAGAUAGCCGAUAUAUUAAGGUAGAUGAACAAGUUGCGAUCUUUUUAUCUAUGAUUUAUCGCAAGAAGUCCAAUAGAGAUUUAUGUGAGAGAUUCCAAUGUUCGAGACAAACUACCAGUAAGUACUUCACUAAAGUAUUAACUGCAGUUCUCAAACCGGCAAAAGAGAUUAUCAUACCACCUUCCUUUGAUGUUGUUCUAGAGGAGAUUCUUAUGAAUCCUCAACAUGAGCCUUACUUCAAGGGUUGUGGAGGUGCUAUUAAUGGUACCCAUGUGCAAGCUUCUGUACUUGUGGCUAAGGCGAUCCCAUUUAGAGGUAGGAAAGGAAUUACCACUCAAAAUGUGAUGUGUGUUUGUUCGUUUGAUAUGAAAUUUACUUUUGUGUAUGCUAGUUGGGAUGGAUUUGCCUACGAUUUUUGGGUGUUCUUGGCAGCACUCGAGACUCCUCGCUUGGAAUUUCCUUGACCAUCAUUAGGUAUUUACUUAUUCUAUAAUGAGUAAUUUCCUUUAUGAUUGUAUUGCGGCUGC